GUUCUUGAUUCUUAAAAACUCUUUCUCAAUUUUCAUUGAUCCAUGGCUAUAAUUUCAGACUUCCAAGAAGAACAAAACCAAACUGAAACCAAAGUCACCACACCACCCUCUGAGUCAUCAUCAUCGCUCAAGGCAGAAGAGAAAAAGGUCAAGGUGGAGGAGGACAAAGGGAAAGGCUCGAAAUUAGUUCCGAACAAAGGGAAUGGGCUUGAUCUGGAAAAGUACUCAUGGACACAGAGCCUGCAAGAGGUUAAUAUAGUGAUCCCAGUGCCUGCCGGAACUAAAUCAAGGGAUAUUGUGUACGAGGCAAAGGCGAAGCAUCUCAAGUUUGGACUCAAGGGUCAGCCAGCUCCUAUUAUCGACGGUGAUCUGUUUCAGUCUAUCAAGCCCGAUGAGUGUUUGUGGAGCAUAGAGGAUCAGAGUGCUGUCUCUAUUCUCUUGACAAAGCAAAACCAAACGGACUGGUGGAAGUCUUUGUUGAAAGGUGAUCCGGAGAUUGACACUCAAAAGGUUGAACCUGAGCCCAGCAAACUGUCCGACCUGGAUUCCGAGACGCGCCGGACGGUUGAGAAGAUGAUGUUUGAUCAGAGGCAGAAGCAGAUGGGGCGUCCUACUAGUGAUGAGAUGCAGCAGCAGGAGUUGUUGAAGAAGUUCAUGGAACAGAAUCCGAACAUGGACUUUUCAAAGGUUAAGAUGAUGCAAUAAACAGUAAUUCCCGCUCUUUUAGAUCGAUGUUACUUGAUCCGACUUUCUUUU